AAUUUCAAGCCCAUAGGACUCUCGUCUUAGACUUCUUCCCUAGUUCCUUUUUUUUUAUAACCUCCAAUAAUUACAAAAACACCCACUCCUCCUCUCCUCUCCUCUCCUCUCCUCUCCCGCGGGAGCCUCCCUGAAAUCCGCCGGAAUCUGAGAAAGAAAAGAGAUGGACGCAGCAGGAGGAGGAGUGACUUCCGCGAAGUCCAUACUGGAGAAGCCUCUGAAGCUCCUCACCGAAGAUGACAUUUCUCAGCUCACACGCGAGGAUUGCCGCAAGUUCCUCAAGGACAAAGGAAUGCGCAGGCCUUCUUGGAACAAAUCUCAGGCGAUCCAGCAAGUUUUAUCUCUCAAAGCUCUCUUUGAGCCCGGCGACGAUUCCGGCGCCGGCAUCCUCCGCAAGAUCCUCGUCUCUCCGCCGAAUCCCAAUCCCACUCGCGUUACAACAGCCAACGAACAGAUUCGUUCUCAGGAAGAUGAUGGCUCCAGCCUCAGAAGAGAUUCUCCAAGAUCAGCUGAGUUCUCCGGCGGUUCUGUACCCGACAAAGACAGCUACAACACUCUCUCUCCCAGCAGAAGCCCAGCAGAAACAAGUGCGCCGGUUGGGCAAAUGACCAUAUUCUAUAGUGGGAAAGUGAGUGUGUAUGAUGGUGUACCACCUGAAAAGGCCCGGUCUAUCAUGCAGUUUGCGGCCAACCCGAUUGAUUUGCCUGAAUAUGGUGUUUCUGCUUCUGCUAGAAUGAUUUCCAAGCCCAUGACCAUGAGUAAAGAGAAGAUGGUUGAACCUUCCCAUUAUGGCCUUGAAAAGGCAAAUGCUUCUCGAGAUUCUGAUGCGGAGGGUCAGGCUAACAGGAAAGUGUCGUUGCAAAGAUAUCUUGAAAAGCGGAAGGAUAGGAGAUUGUUUAAGAACAAAAAGGCUCCAGGAGUUGCAUCAUCUAGCUUGGAGAUGUAUCUGAAUCGUAGUCAGCCAGUGACCAACGCAUAUUCACAAAGCCUUGGCGGCGGCACAGGAAGAGGAGAACAGCACGAUUCAGCUGAAAAUCAGAGAAGAAGUCCCAAUCUAUCAGUUGAUCUGAACAGUGACUUAAAUAGUGAAGAUAACUAACAAGAUGACCAAAAACUGGGGAUGGUAUUACGGGUCAAAAGGCUCAUCAGAAAGCAGACGAGGAUUGUUCUCUAGUUCAUAAACAUGGCACAAGAAGAUUGAGCUGGAGGAGUCUUGUGAUCGAUCAAUUUCUGUUUAAUUUUCUUUUUUUUUUCUUUUUUUGUAUCAAUCUUUUUGUUAGGUAUGUAGUGCUGAGUUAGGUUAGUGACGGAAAUGUUAUUUGGUUCACUUGGAGAGAGAGAUGGCGAUGAUUUUUCCGGUUCGCAUUAUGUAAAUGUUCGUCUUUUUCUUUUCUUAUGACACUCUAGACAAAUGAGACGCCUUUGUUGAUUCUCUAACUUCGAAUUUCCAUCGCUACGAAACUUAUAUGUUCA